CAUAUAGGCGAAAUAUACAGGAAAAAAUGGCAUCUAACAUUCGGUCGGAAGAUGUUUUGGGUAGAAAGUGGGAUAGAUGCCUAAGUGAUGCCGGGAUUAAAGUUGCUGGAGGAGUCGGUUUAGGAGUAGUAUUUUCCGUCAUAUUCUUCCGACGACGCCCUUGGCCAAUUAUAUUUGGAGCCGGAAUAGGCCUAGGAAUGGCAUACUCUAAUUGUCAGCAUAAUUUCUCAAAUAAGAGUGAAAUUUUAGAAAAAAUUGCUGUAAAGAAACCCCAAAAUUAAUAUAUUGUUUUACUUGAUCAAUUCAAUAAUCGUAUCAAACAAAAAUUUUCAUAAAGAAAUAAAGAAGGAAUUUUCUUUUUUCAAUUCAUACGCUAAUGUUUUUAGUAUAUUUACCAACUUACGUACAGAUUUUACGAUGUGUUUAGAAAAUAUGUACCUUUACUAUUUUUCACAUAAAAAAAAGGUAAGACAGAGGAAAAUAGAGAUAAUGACGAACUUUACGAAUUUUAUUAACUAGUAACAACUGUAUUAUCAUUAUAUAGUUUUUUUAAACAAUUGUAAGAUAAAAUAAAAAGGCUAACCGAGCUAUUUGAAUAAUUUACAACUUUAACAAAUCACCGAACUAAUUCAGAAAUUUUUUCCUCUCCUAUCCAAAAUAUCU